CUCUGGUGGCCCAGACACAGGCGGGGAUCAAACCCCCCUCCCAGCGACAUCCAGUGUGGGCGACGCCUAACCAGAUGCGGAAACAGUUCGAGGACAGGGUCAACCUGAUGUUGGAGAAGGGAGACGCGGACAACGAUGGGUUCAUCAGCAGACAGGAGUUCAAACAGAUUAUUGUCGACCACUUCAGAUACAGGGUGGAAGCGCAAGAAGGGGAGGCACUGCACCCGAAAGACUUGAGCAGACUGGAGAAGAGAGCCUACAAGCUGUUCAAGAAAUUCGACAAGGACAACAACAAGAAGCUGGACAUCGAUGAGCUGAGGAACUACUUCCACAAGCAGAUCAUCGAGGACGACGAAGAGGACAUCAUCGAACAGGCUCUCUUUUUAUGAGUCAUCGAACUCCAUCAUCAUGAUCACGGCGAUAGUCACAUGAACCCUCAUAAUAUCACAAGACCCUAGCAUACAACAAGUGACACAUCGUCUAACUGUAUCUGUGCUUUGGCACUUGACGCUUGAAUAUUUUUUACAGAGUACGCUAAGCCAAGUAGCCUUCGUUAAAAACUGAGAUCUGCCUAUCAACUCAGAAAGACUUAAAUCAGGGGCGGAUUUGGGGAGGGGCAUACGCUCAUUCUUAAGAUUGCCUCACCCUCUGGUUUUAUUUAACGAAAAUAAAUUUUGGCACAAGCACCCGAUAAUUUCAAGGCAGCUUCAAUACAUGCUAC